GAGCUAGAACAGCUUAUUCGGGAGGGUCGCGCAUGGCACCAAGGUCCGGAGAUAUCUCGCGUCGACUGGACGAGGGGUAAUAAACGCUGCUACUACCCAGGAUCCACAGGCAGGUUCAUGUUCCGCGCACUCUUCAUCACCGUCUCACUCGCUGUGGCCACCGCAGUACCGACUGCAACCACAGGACUGACUGAAGUCGAGUCCACUCUCAAGGACCUGGGCAGCAAGUGCACAGCGCUCGAUGACGCUGUGAGGGCCGUCCAGCCCGGCGCGGGCUUUUUCCAGAUGCUCAAUAUCCAAUCCGAUGUCGACGCGGUGCGGAACUCGCUCGACACCGCGUGGAAGACCCUUGAGGGAUCACAGCUGGAUGACGACGAGUGCGACGCUUUUUUCCAGCAGGUGCAGAGUUACGAGGGCCUGAUCGUCGCCACCGUGGACGACAUCGCCGCUCAGAAGGGCACCCUGGAUACGUACCAUGCUUUUCUCUGCUCGGACGGCAGGGAACUCAAGGUUGGGUGCGACGGGUAUCUGCAGACGGCCGCGGUUGUAUGCCCGAAACAUGCAGAUCAGUUGUCGGAUGAUCGAGUCACUCUGGACGGGGCUCUUCAGAAUCUUCUCGGUCCAAAUGGAUACAACUGCUAAUAAUCCUGCGGUGAUAGUCCGAUAUAUGCUCACUGGUAAUACAAGUGAAUACAUUAGCUUCUGAGCAUGGAAUACAUCUAAGAGAUACAUCACAAUAACAGAACGAGAGAGAAGCGCGCGAAAGGGGCCUGCAGAGGUCGGCUGGUGUCGGAACGACAGAAACUGCGUGAAAUGAAGGACCGAGUAGCAGCAAGGAGCACUGUGCCAGUGAAUGUACCAGGGAAUGUCUCGCGCCUAGUUUGACUCGAAACAUCGGAGCCAGUAUGGAAUGGAAUCCGAGGUUCAUUCCUUUCGAGAACUGGUACAGAAGCAGACCCAAAGCCCCUCGGCCGUGACCUUCAUUGACCCGAUCAUUGCAC